AUGUGCUGGGGCCAAGGUUCAUACGGAGCUCUCGGCCUCGAAAACCACGGAUCCUACUCAGAUUCACCGGCACCAAUCCCAACUGGCCCGAUAGACCUUGCAAAGGCACUGUCUAUAGGAGAAUACCAUCAUUGUGUCAUCCUGAAUGAUGAUUCGCUUGUGUGCUGGGGCGCCAAUUCAGUCGGCCAGGUUGGUGUGGGCGAUACAACAUUUAGGGCAUCUCCGACUCCCGUGACACUGGGCUCAGGUCGUACCGCAAAAGCCGUUGCUCUUGGGUAUUACUACACGUGUGCGAUUCUCUCAGACGACUCGCUUUCAUGCUGGGGCUCUAACAAUGGCGGGCAACUCGGAGUCGGUGACACCACGAACAGAAACUCGCCUACUGCUGUGAGCCUCGGAUCAUCCACGGUGAAAGCCGUUGCUCUUGGGCAAUCCCACACAUGUGCGAUUCUCUCAGACGACUCGCUUUCAUGCUGGGGCCAGAAUAACUACGGGCAACUCGGAGUCGGUGACACCACGAACAGAAACUCGCCUACUGCUGUGAGCCUCGGAUCAUCAACGGCGAAAGCCAUUGCUCUUGGGGAGUCCCACACGUGUGCAAUCCUGAACGAUGACUCCGUGAAAUUUUGGGGGUACAACUAUUACGGGCAACUUGGGAUCGGUGUAUGGAUGGGGAAUGAAAACCCUCCAUCGGGUCUGUCUCCGGUGGACCUCGGCUCAGGGCGUACAGCUAAGAAGCUCUCAGUAGGACAACAUCACACGUUUGCGAUUCUCGACGACGACUCUUUAGUUGGUUGGGGUAUCAACACCAAUUACCAGCUGGGACUCGGCGACGCGGUGAGCAAGAACCGUCCGCAAAGGGUU